AUGAAACCGCCGUCCUUCAAAGGAGGAAUAGAACCAAUGAAUGCUGAAGCAUGGGUGUUGGGAAUAGAGAAGUUAUUUGAAGUCUUUCCUUGUACCGAAGCUCAGAAGGUGCAAUCGGCUGCAUUCACUUUCGAGGAUGAGGCGCGGAGAUGGUGGAUGCUUAUGAGAACUAUACAUCAAGGAUUGACAUGGGACAGGUUCUUGGAGAUAUUCUAUGAUAAGUAUUUUCCACAAAGUAUGCGAGUUAAAAAGGUGACUGAAUUUGAAACCCUCAGGCAAGGGAACAAGACUGUUGCUGACUAUGAAGCUCAAUUUGCCAAGUUGGCCCGGUUCGCACCUCACAUGGUGGACACGGACUAUAAGAAGGCACGGAAAUUUGAAGGGGGAUUACGGGGUGCUAUUCUAGACCGAGUUAAUAUGUUGAAGCCGCCUACCUAUGGGAAAAGGCAAAACAGUCAAUGGUCGAAGGAGGCAACUACUCCACCAAAUAAGAAACAAAAUUCAAGGACUUCAAAUGUUUCUACCCCUAAUCAAGAUUCAAUUCCUGUAUGUGUGGAGUGUGGAAAAAGGCACCGUGGGAUAUGUUAUCGGAAGUCUGGAGCCUGCUUCCAGUGUGGAAAGACGAGCCAUGCGAUAAGGGAUUGCCCUCAGAGGAAGCAGCAGCAAAAUAGCAAUAAGACUGGUACCAGCUUAACGGGGUCUGCACCAACUAUCAAUACCAAGGCACCGGUCAAAGCUACUAACAACAAGGACACCGCGAGACAUGGUAGGGUGUUUGCAUUGGUUCCGGGAGAUGUGCAAAAGAUGGCGACAGUGGUGUCAGGUUCUACUCAUUCUUUUGUGUCAAAGCUAUUUACUCCUAAUUUAGAUACAUCUGAGGAAGCAUUAUCUUAUAUGCUGUGUGUGUCUUCACCGUUGGGAGAUUCUAUGAUUUGUACUUCUAUAUAUGCUGCUUGUGAACUCCACCUUGGGGAUAUUCGGGGACAAGAGGUGACUUCCCCACCGUAUUUGAUUUCUACAGCAAAGGCUUGUAGAUUAAUUCAAAAAGGGUGUCAGGGGUAUCUGUGUAGUGUUGUAAAAGAGCAAAUGGUGAAUGGGGGUACUGACAUAAUUCUAGUUGUUCGUGAAUUUUCGGACGUCUUCCCAGAAGAGUUACUAGGGCAAUUGAUAGACCGAGAAAUUGAGUUUACAAUCGAAGUGGCAUCGGGAACUCAACCCAUUUCUAAGACCCCAUAUAGAAUGUCACCAGUUGAGAUGAAGGAAUUAAAACUUCAAUUGAUUGAUGAUUUAUUUGACCCGCUUCAGGGGGCACAAGUCUUUUCUAAAAUCGAUCUACGGUCUGGGUACCAUCAAUUAAGGAUUAAGGCUGAUGAUGUUGAGAAGACAUCCUUUCGAACUCGUUAUGGUCAUUAUGAAUUUCUGGUUAUGCCCUUUGGAGUUACUAACGCCCCAACAGCCUUUAUGAAUUUAAUGAACCACGUCUUUAAGCCUUAUUUGGAUGAAUGUGUCGUGGUCUUUAUUGAUGAUAUUCUCAUUUAUUUGAAGACUGUAGAAGCUCAUGAGAAUCAUCUUCGGUUGAUUCUUCAAACCCUCCAAGAAAAGAAACUUUUUAUGGGGUUAGACGGCUAUUACAGACGGUUUGUUCAAGAUUUUUUGAAAAUUGUUGUGCCGCUUACACAACUGACUCGAAAAGGAGUUGCAUUUGAAUGGACAGAAGAACGGGAGUCUGCUUUCCAAGAAUUGAAGACAAAGUUGACUACAGCACCGGUGUUGGCCUUACCCUCCGGUACUGAAGGGUUUGUAAUUUACAGUGAUGCUUCUUAUAAAGGACUUGGUUGUGUACUUAUGCAGAAUGGAAGAGCUAUCGCCUACGCUUCUCAUCAACUGAAACCCCAUGAGAAGAAUUAUCCCACUCAUGAUCUUGAGUUAGCAGCAGUCGCCUUUGCUUUGAAGAUAUGGAGACAUUAUCUAUAUGGCACUACUUGUGAAAUUCGUUAUCAUCCGGGUAAAGCCAACACAGUUGCAGAUGUGCUCAGUCGGAAAAGCAUAGGGACUUCGAAAAGUUUGUCUACAGGGCAAAAGGAAUUAGCAAAUGAAUUGGCUAAAGUGGAAGUGGACCUUGUGUUACAGGGACAGGAAGCUUUAUUGGCAGCGGUGAUGGCCCAACCAACCUUACUUGAGGAAAUUAAAUUGCAUCAGAUGGAAGACGAAACUCUAAAGAAGAUAUGUGAUGAAUUAGGAACUAAACUGAAGUCGGGAAUCAGUGUAGUAGAUGCGGUGCUCAAAUUUCAAAACUGA